AAUCAGUCUGAGAGGAGAAACAACUGAGACAUUUGAUAAGAACUGAAGAAGAAACGAGCUGAAGACAGUUAGAGGAGAGAGCAGAGCCAAACACUCUCAGGAUCUCAUGAGCAGAUCAAACACUGCUUUAAGACACUCGCAACUUCUCCAGUCUCUGAUCAUGUUAGGAUUCAGUUUAUUUCUGUUGAAAAUGAUGCCACUGAAAGGAAAGAGGAAGCUGAGGUCUAUUGAAGCUAAAAGCCGCAAAGUUAACAUGUUGUGAAAUGACCAAAAAAAGAGCUGGAUGUCCACACGAUUUAACACUUCUAGUUGUGCAGUUAUUUUAGCUGACAGUAGAGUUUCUCGUGACUUUACUACAGAUCAGUCUCUCAUCAGCUCAUCUGUCAUUUUAUUACUGAACCAGUUCUGAAGAGUUUGUCUUCAUAUUUGUGGACUGAAACCACUGAAGAUGUUUCACAGAUUUUGGUUCUGUUUGUGUUUGUGGCAUCUGGAUGGUGUGUUUGGUGUUGAUGCAGUGAAGAUGGUGACGGAGGGAGAUUCAGUCACUCUAGAAUCUGGUGUUACUGAAAUACAGACAGAUGAUUUGAUAGCAUGGUCCUUUGGACGUCCAGAGACUCUUAUAGCUCUAAUCAAUAAAGAGAAUGUCAUUUUCUCUUCAUCUGAUGGUCUUGAUGGGAGAUUCAGAGACAGACUGAAGCUGGAUCAUCAGACUGGAUCUCUGAUCAUCACAAACACCAGAACCACAGACUCUGGACUUUAUCAAAUAACUAUCAGAAGCACAAAACAGACCACAAACAGAUUCAGUGUUACAGUCUAUGCUCGUCUGCCUGUUCCUGUCAUCAGCAGAGACUGUUCUUCAUCAUCAUCAUCAUCACAGCAGAAUUGUUCAUUGCUGUGUUCAGUGGUGAAUGUGGCUCAUGUGACUCUCUCCUGGUACAAAGGUAACAGUUUAUUGUCCAGCAUCAGUGUGUCUGAUCUCAGCAUCAGUCUCUCUCUACCUCUGGAGGUGGAAUAUCAGGAUAAAAACACCUACAGCUGUGUGCUCAACAAUCCCAUCAGAAACCAGCCUCAACAUCUGGACAUCAGUCAACUCUGUCACACAUGUGCAGACUCUGUCCACUGCUGUGGUUCUACUGAAGCCGUGAUCCGAUUGGUCCUCUCUGCUCUGGUGGGCGUGGCUACUGUCAUUGUUCUGGUUUAUGACAUCAGAUCCAGAAGAGCUGAACUAGAGGUAUGUUUGACUAGAAGUAGUGCUGCGCAGACCGAUGAGCGAUCGAAGAGUGAUUUGAAAGAAUAAGAAGCCGUCUUUUGCAAUCUAAAGCAGAACGCUGAACUUUAAACGUU